CUCUCUCUCCCUCCCUCACUCUCUCUCUCUCCCUCUCCGUAUGGAGUCAGAGUUUAGCAUGACUUUCCCUCCCUCGCGGUCCUGCGUAGUCCUCCAGCGUUCUCGGUCCCUCUCCUCCUUUCCCUGUCUCACCUCACAUGACCUGGGGAUCCCAGAGUGCACUGCUCCUUCCUCCUCACAGGGUUACAGUAAUGAACCCGAUGGGCUGAGAAUGGUGGAGACCCCAAAGACCACCCCACCUGGUGAACCGGGACUGAACCAUUGCACAGGAAUCCAGGAGGCAGGCUAUCUCAGUACUGGAGCAGGGAGUGGCUGGACCCCCUGUCCAGUGCAGGAGCCAUCCAGGUGUGCCAUGAGUAACCAGCCCGCUGAAGAGACGGUGAGGACCAGCGAGCGUGGAGGCCAGCCGGAGGACAGUGAAGUGGACAGUGAGCAAGAGUUGAGCCAGGAGGACCUGCUUGUGGCCUCCUGGGAUGAACUCUCUAUCCUGGACAGGCUGGGAUUCAACAGUGUGGAGAUGACGGAGGAUGAGGUGGAGGGGGCCUUCUCGCAGCUGGCCCUGGCAUUCCGCUGUGACCAGUACACCCUAAAGAAGAGGCUUCAGGCAGAGGAACACGCCCGGAACCUGGCGGAGGAGAACGUUCACCUGGAGCUGCAGCGGGGGAGGGAGGUGCUGCAGUCUCUGAAGGCCCUGUGCUUGGACAGUAAGCGCAGUAAGAUGCUGCAGAGGCUGGAGCUGUGUCUGAGUAUCCUGGGCGGGACAGUGGAACGCAUCGCCAACACUGCUGAGCUGCUAGGCGCCGUGCACCAGGAGGCUCGGAUGAGCCGGGCGGUGGACCUGAUGGUGGCUCACGUGGAGAACCUGAAACGGCGCCAAGUUCGCGACAGGGCGGAGCUGGAGGAGACCAGGAAGCAGCUCCAGAGGUGCAGUCGCAGCCGGCAGCUCAGCGACCCCAGAGAUGAAAGUGAAAUGAGACAGAAGCGCUCUAAAACAUCCCAGCAGGCAUCCCGACGCAGAAUUAGCAUCGCUGUGAUUUCCAAACAGCCCAAGGCCCAGGGAACAGAGCUGAGCUUGCUGGACAUUAUCAAGCCCAGCACAGCAGCCCCCAGCCAGCCACCCCUGGAGAGAGAGUCCCUGAGUGGGAGACCACACAUGUCCACAAAAGAGGACUUGUCAGUCAACAGUCCCCUCCAGACACCAGCUGAGGUGUCCCACAUUUCCCAAACAAUACAUCCCACACCCAGCCCAGAGGAGAGAGGAGAGCCCUUAUACCUCCAUAGUCCACAGGAUCCCCUGCGCCAGAGGCGGGGACAGAACAGAGGGGUGGGCCAAUCAAACCCAGAGGAGAAGAAAGAGGCGGAGCCACAGAGAGAACACGAGCUCAACCGCUGCGAUGAAUGUGCUGAUGACUCGUGCACCCUCCGGUCAACACAGCGCCCCCUGCCACCAUGGCUGUCUCAGGGCCACCUGAUUCUCUUCUGGCUUUAUGGAAUGACGAUUUCUUUCAUGAUCCUUCUGGGGAUUUUUUUCUGGUGUAUGCAAGGCCCUCUCCUUUGAAUCUGAGCUCCCACAGGACAUACAACUGCUCUAGAUUGGACACUAUGGAUUGAAUACAUAAUGACAUCCAUUUCCUCUAUGAAAGUACAUAAUCUCAGUUACCUAAUGAAGUAUGGUUCAGUUCAAAUCUAACACUGAAUAAUAAUAUAUUCUUUGUUCACCUUAGCUGUAUGUGUUGAAACUGGACUGUUCUCUCAAUUUUUCUUUAUAACAUAAAUACAAAUAACAUUACAUGUAGUAGUAUUGUUAAUUAUAAACUAAAAUCUUUAAAUAUAUUUAAGAUAUUAAUGUCAAAUCAAAUAUUUCACUUUUUGUAAGUCU